UCUCUCGCCGCCGGGCCAGGCCGGCCAUGUUAGAGAGAUGGAAAUAAAGCUUCCUUAACGUUGUGUCUCUGAAGUACGUCGUGCAUUUUUAUUUUUUGUGUGGCACCCAGCAAUUCCCCCCCGCAGCCCCCGGCCCUCCAGCCGCCCUCUCCCACCUCCCGGCCGCGCCCGGUCUGAAAAUGCGCCCGGCCGCCCGGCUGGCGGGGCUCAGCCUCGUGUUCUCUUUGGUGCCACCAGGGCGGAGCAUGGAAGUCACAGUGCCCACUACCCUCAAUGCGCUCAAUGGCUCCGAUGCCCGCCUGGCCUGCACCUUCAACUCCUGCUACACGGUGAACCACAAGCAGUUCUCCCUGAACUGGACUUACCAGGAGUGUGGCAACUGCUCUGAGGAGAUGUUCCUCCAGUUCCGCAUGAAGAUCAUUAACCUGAAGCUGGAGCGGUUCCGAGACCGCGUGGAGUUCUCGGGGAACCCCAGCAAGUACGACGUGUCGGUGACGCUGAAGCACGUGCAGCUGGAGGACGAGGGCUUCUAUAACUGCUACGUCAUGAACCCGCCCGACCGCCACCGCGGCCACGGCAGGAUCUACCUGAACGUCCUCCUGGAGGAGCCCCCUGAGCGGGACUCCACGGUGGCGGUGAUCGUGGGCGCCUCCGUGGGCGGUCUGCUGGCGGUGGUCAUCCUGGUGCUCGUGGUGGUGAAGUGCGUGAGGAGGAGAAAGGAGCAGAGGCUGAGCUCCGACGACCUGAAGACGGAGGACGAGGGCAAGACAGAGGGCGAGGGCCACCCCGAGGACGGCGCCAAGUAGCAGCCCCGCCCUGUGCAGUGUGCCCGCUGCCGGGCGCGCUGCCCUCCC